ACUAUCACAUCUUCAAAUCUAUCUUCGUCCCCUUCCCCGUCGCUCCUUGGUCCUCCAAAUUAGGGUUUAAGAUCGAAACAAGCUUACAGAAGAGUCGAUUCGCUUGCUACUUACUUCUUCUUCUACUGUAAUCGUAACUCCGAAGAUCCAAGAUGGCUCGUAACGAGGAGAAAGCGCAGUCGAUGCUCAACAGGUUCGUCACCAUGAAAGAGUCCGAGAACAAGAAACCAAAGGAGCGUCGACCUUACCUCGCCUCCGAGUGCAGAGAUCUCGCAGACGCGGACAAAUGGAGGCACCAAAUCAUGCGAGAGAUCAGCCGCAAAGUCGCCGAGAUCCAGAACGAAGGACUAGGCGAGCACCGCCUCCGCGACCUCAACGACGAGAUCAACAAGCUCUUGAGAGAGAGAUGGCACUGGGAGCGACGGAUCGUCGAGCUGGGAGGUCCUAAUUACAACAGACACGGCGCGAAGAUGACGGAUCUCGAAGGAAACAUCAUCGACGUUCCCAACACUAGCGGACGUGGCCCUGGCUACCGUUACUUCGGCGCGGCGAAGAAGCUUCCUGGUGUGAGAGAGCUUUUCGAGAAGCCGCCUGAGCUGAGGAAGAGGAGGACGAGGUAUGAUAUCUAUAAGAGGAUAGACGCUAGCUACUAUGGUUAUAGGGAUGAGGAGGAUGGGGUGUUGGAGGGGCUGGAGAGGAGUGCGGAGGGGGAGAUGAGGAGGAGGGAGGUGGAGGAGUGGCGGAGGCUGGAUGAGGUUAGGAAGGAGGCGAGGAAGGGGGCGGCGGAGGUUGUGAGCGUUGGAGCUGCGAAGGAGGUGUUGUUUGAGGAGGAGGAGGAUGUGGUGGAGGAGGAGAGGAAGGAGAGGGAGAAAGAGGAGGAGAAGGAGAGGGAGUUUGUGGUUCAUGUUCCCUUGCCUGAUGAGAAGGAGAUUGAGAAGAUGGUGCUGCAGAAGAAGAAGAUGGAGUUGCUUAGAGAGUAUGCUAGUGAUGAUUUGGUUGAGCAGGAGAAGGAGGCUAAAGCCAUGCUCAACAUCCACAGAUAGAUAGAGAAACAAGGCUGAAUCCACUCAGCUGCGCUCUUCUGAUGACAAACCCUGUGCCCAACAUGAAGAAGCAAUGGAAGAAAGUGAGGGGACGUAAUGUUGGAAACAAUGAGACAUGGAAACAAACUCUUAUUCUCUUAUGCUACCUCUACUUUAUAGUCUGUCUGUAUUUUAAUUUCUUUGUGCUCACAGAAUUACUUCUUACUCUUAGAUCUCAAUCACUUAAUGAAUGGGCUUUUUUUUUCUUCCUUA